GUCCGUGUCCCCACCCAGACAGACAGACGUCUGUCGGUCUGUCUGCAGAGGAAGGAAGCAUGCAAGCAAACCAAACUCCCAGAGAGACAAGUGAGGUAGUGAGUAGUUAGAAUGAAUGCCAUCAAUCAAUCGCAGCAGCACCGACCGAUCUCACAAAAAGGCUGGCAGCAGCGGACGGACGGACGACGCAAACGCAACGCAACGCAAGGCAACACAACACAAUGCAAGGCCAGGCAAGAAGCGGUAGGGUAGGUAGAAUAGCCAGGAGGACGACAGGAGAGAGAGGAGAGGGGAGGGAAACGACCAAGCAUCCGACUCACUCACUGACUGACACGCUCCCUCCCUCCCUCCCAGGCAGGCAGGUAGUCAGUCUGUUAACUUCCUGAGGCUCUCCCUCCUUCUUUACACGCACGCACAGAUGCGCAGACAGACCCAUUCAUUGAUGCAAUCACUGACUGCAUAUAUGUCACCCCACCCUUCGACCUCCCCUCCCCUCCCCGCACCCAACCCACCCCCACCCCCUCCCGCUCCACAGCCACUCAAUCACUCCCCCUCGUCCUUCCUGGUGCCAUCGGCUUGCGGACUCCUCACACAUUUCGACUCGCUCGUCGAAUGAGAAUGAGACCCAUUGCUGGUCACCCCACCCCCAUUGUUGCCGCUUCCGCCGCCAUGGCUGCUGUGGCUGUCGCCGUGGUGGGGAUCCACCCGACAGGCCCCCAGAGGGACCGCACCAGCGCCCCUCAGAAGGAUAGCUGCAGCGGGCGCCACCACACCAUUUCCACCGCUCACAGAUGAGCUGCUGGGAGGGGCGCUGGGCGGGGCGGGGAGGGUCCGAUGGGUCUUGUCGAUCGUGCCGGACGAUGAGGAGGAGGAGCAGGAAGCCGCGGCGGGGGGAGGUGUCACCACCACAGGCGUCGACAUGCGGGCUGCGAUGCUGGCGUUGUGGUAGUCGCUAGCCGACAUUCCCAUUGUCACAGUGCUCCGGCCAGGGAACGACCGCCGUUGAGGCUGGAUGACACUGGCGGCGGAGCUGGUGCUGCUGGUGCUGCUGGUGCUGGUGGGCCCCUUUGCCGGCGAGACGACAGCCAUCCUGUCAAUGGUGGGCCCUCCUCCACCUUCGGGCUGUGUGUCGUGGCCGAGGCCCUCUUGGUGCCCGUUGAAGCGAGGCCGGUGCUGACUCCACUCGUCACAGGCAGACGCACCAGCAGCAGCAGCAGCAGCAGGGAGCGGCUCGGUGGCCUCGGGCCUGGCGGGUGAUGGUGAGGAGAGAGAGAGGGAGUGGAAGGGCUGGUGGUCGUCAGGCAGUGCCUCCUCGUCUCUGUCGUCGGCAGCUGAUGCGAUGGGCACCUCGGUGACCUCCGAGGUGUUGUCGAGCUCCUCCUCGUCCUCUCCCAUACCGAUGAUGAUGUGCUGGUCAUCGGCCGCCAUGUCGAGCUGCAGCGGCGGCACUGGCCGGGCCCCGCCACGAUCACCGCGGUCACGGUGGGCGUCGACCGACCGUCGCUGCUGCUGCUGGUGGUGCUGGUGGUGGAAGUGUUGGGCGUCGAACGGGUGACGCUCCUCCUGGUCCUGAUCCCUGUCGUAGUCAUGCUCGCCAGAGUGGUGGUCCUGGUCAUGGCCAGCAGCCGUAGGGGGCGCGUAGAGCGGGUGCUGGGGGAGAUGGAGAGAGGCCUGCGAGCGCUCCAUCGCCACGUCAGACGUGUGUGCCCGGCCGUUGGGGUAGGCUGGCUCGGCGGCCGGGGGGAAUGACACAGAGACGGACACCGCUGCGGCCUUGACGCUGCUGCUGUCAUCGGUGGUGUGCGACGGCUCGGUGUCCUGUGGUGCGUCAGUGUGUCCGCCAUCGAGGGAGAUGAGACUCAUUGCGAUGGAUGAGGGGUCGAGGGCGGCCGACGAUGAGGGGCCCAGGUGGGGCGACGAGUGGGGCGGGACGGAAUUAGACACCGACAGAAACGGGGCUGGCCGAGUACGCCGACCAUCGCCAGACGCUGCCGAUAAAGAAUAGAGAGAGAAGCAGAGCAGGCGAUGCCGCAUCCAUCCCGUGCCGACGUCAGCCAGCUUCCCUUCCCUCACUCACCGUAUUGUGCGUGUUGGUCAUCUUCAUCGUCAUCCUCGUCCUGGUCGUGUUGGUCCCCGUCGUCGGUCCACCUGGCCGACCGGCCGGGCGGCAGACCUUCACCGUCGGGCGGCCCCUGGGGCACCUCACGGAUGUGCGGCAAAACACCGUUGGAGUGCAGGUGCGCGACCAUGGCCGCAAACUCCUCGCGGUUGCUGAAGGCUGCACAUCACACACACACGAGAGAGACACGCGAGACACAGAGGCCGCAAUGAGUGGAGCGAAUGGGAGGGAGUGGGUGGCUGUGUCCUGUCCAAGUGCAAUGCAAUCAAGCUCACUCACCGUAUCGCCCCUGGCGCAGCUCGGCCAUCUCCACGUCCCUUGGCAUCUGAGAGAGAGGGAGGGAGGGAAACAAGGACCGAAACACAUACAUACGACAACACAAGAAACCACAACACAACACAAAUAGAUUCUCUGCCGGCGUCAAGUGGAGGAGAGCCCCUCGAUUGCCCCACACUGUACCCACACGCCCACCCACGUACCUCAGCAUGCAUGGCGGCCUCGUGCUCCCGCGCCAUGGACCGUGCGGCCGCCAUCCGUCUUAGCGCCUCGUCGUCCUCCUCGCCCUCGUCCUGCCCAUGGUCCUCAUGCCCCUCGUAGGCAUCCUCAGCAUAUCGCUCCGAGCGGGGAGGCAGCGGCACGUCGUGGAUCUCAUCCUCGCUGGUGGGGGGCCCUCCCGACGGCCGGGGAAUGGGCUGCUGGGGCGAACGCAGGUGGGGGGGCACAACACCCACUGACACCGACGACGGGGAGCCGGGGGAGGGGUUGGCAGAGGCGGCCGCCACGGCCACUGAAGCACUGGCCGCUGCGGCAGCUGCCACUGCUGCUGCUGCUACAGCUGAAGAUGACGGCUGGUGGGCCGAAGACGCCUCCUCGAGACUGUGACGGGACCGAUUGUUCAACCUGAGUAUUGAUUGCAUGCCAUGCGAGCAACAGACACACAGACGGAUGUGAGUGAUCCAGUCAGUCAUUCCUCGUAUCCCUUCCCUCGACUGUCUGUUUAUCAGCCGUUAGUACCCUCUGCGAAGGUCGCGGUGUGUGGCGCUGGGCGGCUCGUCUGGCGGGUGUGCUGCAGGGUGGGGGAUGGAGCGGCCGGCCGUGGCGGGAUGGGACGCCAGGGCUCCCUGCUGCGAGUGAUACGUCAUCGCCAGAUGAUUCAAAAUCUCCGCAGUCUGUAGGGUAGUACACACACACGCACAAGAGAGGCUCCCUCAUGGUAUGUGUGCCUCUCUCCUCGUCUAUCUAUCUGUUGCUGCCCUGCUCUGCUCUGCCGCGCCGUGUGUGAGGUAAGCUGACCUCAGGUUUGAGCGCGUCCAUGUGCAGCUGGAAGUGUGUGGGGUCCAUGGCGAUGGCCUGCAGGAACUGCGCCUGCGCCUGGGUCUCCCUCGCCUGCAAAGUCGCCUCGCGCUGAGAGGCCCGAAACGCCUCACGCUCCAGCACCUCCCGCUCCUCAAACGCCGCUAACAACUCACGCACCUUCGACGGCAACGCAGGCACCUCACCAUCGCCACCGCCCAGACCAACACCACGCAAGCCGAGAGGGAAACCCCCGAUGCCAAUCGGGCCGACCUCUCCAGCAGCACCAGCCGCCGCCGCAGCAGCAGCUUGUGGUGGUCCACCGGUGUUGGGCUCGGCGCCCAGGUAGGCUGCGUGGAAGGGUGUGUGUUGUGUCCCAGGGUGUGCGAGGGCCGAUGCGAUAUGUCCGCUGAUGGACCCGACGGGGCAUCCGAGGCCGUCGUGGCUGUCGGCGAUCUGCAACAGCUGACGAAGCACCUCGUUCUCCGUACGCAGCUUCUCUACCUCCUCCUGCACACACCACACACAUCCGUGAAAGCAAGACAGACAAGCCUGGUGCGUGGCCGUGCCCCCCAUCUAGCCCCCAGCCCCCAGCCCACUGACUGAGCCACAGACAGACGUCCGUACCUCCAGUUCUCGUGUGUCGUUUUCGAAUGCGGCCUCCUUGAAUGCCUUUUGGAUGCGCUCCCUCUCCUCGCGCUGCUCUGCCGCUUCACGCUUGACCGCCUCGGCCAGCUCCUGCGCAAGUGAAGUGACAGACAAUCAGCAGAGAGCAGAGCAGAGCAGAGAGGGAGACCUUGGUCGUUGGUUGCGUCAGUCAGGUGUGUUGCAAUGCCUGGGGUCCACUCCACUCACUCACCUGUUCCUUUUUGAUGCGCGCCUUGGCUACGUGCAGCUGCUGCGCUGUCACAUUGCGCUGGUGGUUGGCGACCUGAACACACAGCACAGGCAGACAGGAAGGGAAGGGCACAGGCUGUGGGUCAGUAACUUGCGCCGCGCGCAGACAGUUACUAUGGCUGGCUGGCUGCGUUUGUUUAUGAUAAAUAUACCUACCUUGGCUUGUUCCAGCUCUUUGAACAUGCCCUUCAAAACUGCGCGGUAGACCCUAUUGUUGGCCUGCAGCAUGGCGUUGUCGGCAGACAUCAACUGAAAACACACGCACACACACACACAGAGGACACGCACCAUGAGGAGAGGCAACAUACAUGGCAUGGUGUUCCACUCACUGCCUCCCUGCCUGUUUGUCUGACCAUGAGCAUUUUGACGGCCUCUUUGAUGCCGUUCCGGAGCUCCCUGACCUCCUUGUCCCACAGGUAGCUGUAGGCCGCGUCCAUCUCCACAUACCUCGUCCGACGAACACCGCUGCCCCUCCCACCCCCGCCACCAACACUCGACGACCCCUCCCCCCUCCUCUGGGGGCCUGAUGAGCCACCGUCAGACGCCUCAUCGGUGAGGUGCUGGUGGCUGCCCUCUCCAUCGCCUCCCUGUGUGUCGUCGUGGCCCUUGGCGUCAUCAGAGGGAUGGUGUGCGGGCGGCGGGAGGGGCUGCGGACGGCAGCCGCUCGACGACGUGGUGGCCCGGCUGUCGGCACCGCCUGAGGCGACCGUUUCCACUGGGGACGAUGCAGCCUUGGCCGAACCUGAUGAGGGAGAGUCGCCAUCCUGACACAAGGACACACACGAUACGACACGGGCACACCGACGGAUGGGAUGCACUCAUCUGGUCCCUUCCUUUGAGACACACAUGGUGUGUGUGUGCUCUCUGCAAGUGCGAUCGUACCCCCGAUGAGGGUGCCCUGUCGGUCUCCCGCCCGGCCUGGUCCCUGCCCUCCUCGUUGGGCGACUCCUCGUGCUCCCAGCGAGACACAGGGAGCACCGCGCCACGCCCGACGGCAGGAGCGGCCGAGUCGAUGAAGCUAUUUACAGCAGGUUGAUCUCCAGCGGGAAUUUCACCUUGCACAGGAUCGGCCUGGUGGGCUCCUCCACCGCUGCUAUCCCCUCCGUCAGCCGGUGCAUGAGGCGGCCUCUCCGCCUCACCCGCCUCUGGCGACGAGUGAGUUGGGCUCGACGCUGCUGCUGCGGCAUCAGAAGCUCCGGAGGCGUCUGCGAUGGGAUGCAAGUCGUCGCCCGGCGCAUCUGACAUGCUCCUCCUCCUACUCCUCUAUUGUGAAGCCUCUCGCCUCGACUCGCCUCACUCACGCCUCGACCCGCCGCACAGCAGCAAACCGCGCAUCCUAGACUGCAUCAAGCUGUUGCUGUGCUACAAACUGCCAUAACGAGC